GAUUUUCGCGGGAGAAAAAAUUUAAAUAAAAUCAAUCAUUUUCUCCUUGUAAUAAAUACCAAAAAUUUAUAAUUAUGCAUCCUCUUUGUUGCGACACCGACGUAGCUGAUCGGAAUACUACCCCGGCGACGGCGUAUGAUCGGAAUUCAACACCGGCAACGGCAACAAACAAUACUCCAUUAUUCAAAUUCCUCGAUCUGCAUCCACCGUCGUCACCACGACGCUCCGCCGUAGAAUCGGAAAUUACCGGCGGCGAUGAAUUUCAUUCAGCGAGAAUGUACGACGUUUCCGAGCGAAACGGCAAUGGAAUUUCAGGAAUAUUGUAUAAAUGGGUGAAUUAUGGACGUGGAUGGAGACCGAGAUGGUUUGUGUUAAACGAUGGUGUGCUUUCUUAUUAUAAAAUUAAUGGAAGGCAUAAAAUUGUUACGAAUUUGGAAACGGAGAAAGGAUCGUUGAUCGUCGGAGAGAAGUCGUUUCGUAGGAUUAAUACUUCUAGAAUUACUACGUCGGAGAAAUCUUACCGGAGAAAACCUUUCGGAGAAAUUCACCUCAAGGUCGCGUCAAUAGAAAGUCGCUCAGAUGACCGGAGGUUUUCUAUAAAUACUGCGAGAAAGAGGUUGCAUUUGAAGGCAGAAACAAGGGAAGAUCGACGUACUUGGUUGGAGGCAUUGACUGCGGGAAAAAAGUUGUUUCCAACAAGUGAUCCUGUUCUUGACGUUCAAAUGAAUGGGAAUUUGUCUGUAUCAACUGAAAAGUUGAGGCAACGACUCUUGGAGGAUGGAGUAAGUGAGGUAGUGAUUCGGGACAGUGAGCAGAUUAUGAGAAAUGAAUUUGUAACAUUGCAUAGCCAUCUCCAGCAGGUGAAGCGGAAGCAGAUGCUACUGCUUGAUAAGUUGGGACAACUGGAGACAGAGAAAGUCGACCUCGAGAACACGCUCAUUGAUGAGGGUCACAGACAGGCAAAUUCUCGUCAAACUUAUUCUGAAGUAGGCAUGGAUAAGUUUAGAGUAUUUCUAGGAGGCAGUGCAAGUGGAUCUGACAACGAAGAGGAGGAAACGGAUGAUGAAGUAGAUGCUGAUAACUUGUUUUUUGAUGCUAAAGAUUUUCUUUCUUCGAGUUCCACAAGAAGUGCCGAUCCUGAUGAUGAAAGUUCAUCAUUUGAUUCUGCGAGUGUAGAGUUUUAUCCUUCUGAAGAUGGUCUUAGUUCUGGUACAAGAUCCGCUACAUCCGACUAUCCUUAUGUGAAGCGAAGGAAGAAAUUGCCAGAACCACUUGAGAAGGAAAAGGGAGUAGGCCUUUGGUCAAUGAUCAAAGAUAACAUCGGCAAGGAUCUAACUAAAGUUUGUUUACCAGUUUUCUUCAAUGAGCCACUCUCUUCGUUGCAAAGGUGCUUUGAAGAAUUUGAAUACUCUUACCUUCUUGACCAAGCAUAUGAAUGGGGAAAAGCGGGAAAUAGCAUUAUGAGGAUUCUUAGCGUUGCAGCAUUUGCUGUAUCCGGAUAUGCUUCAACUGAUGGAAGAAUCUACAAGCCAUUUAAUCCAUUAUUAGGCGAGACAUAUGAAGCCGAUUUCCCAGACAAGGGAUUGCAUUUCAUCUCGGAGAAGGUUAGCCAUCACCCCAUGAUUCUUGCAUGCCACUGCGAGGCUCGAGGUUGGAAAUUUUGGGGAGAUACAAAUUUGAAAAGUAAAUUCUGGGGUCGAUCAAUCCAAGUUGACCCUGUUGGUACCCUUACCUUGGAGUUCGAUGAUGGAGAAGUUUUUCAGUGGGGCAAGGUUACAACUUCCAUCUACAACAUCAUUAUAGGAAAGCUCUAUUGUGAACACUAUGGUACGAUGUAUAUACGAGGGAAUCGAGAUUACUCCUGCAAGAUAAAAUUUAAGGAGCAGUCUAUUGUGGAAAGAAAUCCUCACCAGGUACACGGAGUCAUACAUGAUAAGAAUGGAAAAAGAGUGGCGACAAUUAGUGGAAAAUGGGACGAGAGUUUGCAUUACUCUAUGGGGGAUAGUCCAUCAGAAGAUAUCGGACAAGAUUCUGAUUCGAAGUCACAUUUGCUUUGGAAGAGAAGCAAACCACCAAAUUUUGAAACAAAGUACAACUUAACGCGUUUUGCAAUCACCUUGAAUGAGCUCUCUCCUGAGCUCAGGAAAAAGUUGCCGCCAACAGAUUCAAGGCUUAGACCUGAUCAAAGAUUUCUCGAAAAUGGAGAAUACGAUAUGGCUGAUACAGAAAAGUUGCGGUUAGAACAGAGGCAACGUGAGGCAUCAAAGAGGCAGGAAAGAGGCUGGCAACCAAGGUGGUUUGCUAAACCAAAAGAUAGUGAUACAUAUCAAUAUAAAGGAGGGUAUUGGGAAGCUAGAAAAACUGGUAAGUGGAAUUCAUGUCCACAUAUUUUUGGUGAAAUAUCUCAGCACAUUUAAACCCCAAGUUAUUAACCCUCAUUAUUGUUAUAUACAAGUAAAAAAAAUUAAACUGUAACUUGUAGAUGUAAACUAAAAUCACAAAAUUAGCUAUUAAAAUAUUGGUACUGAAAGAGGAGGAAGAAGAAAAAGUUAGCAUAUUUUCACUUCCCUUGGUUCCUACAAACCUUCACAAUAUUGUAUUUAAGCAGAAUAAACAUACACUGCCUUCAUGGCUGUUGAAUUUUUGAUUAUUUUGUAACUCAACAACAACAAACCCAGUAUAUUCUCACAUAGUGGGGUCUGGGGAGGGUAGAGUGUACGCAGUCCAUAGCACUACCUCUAGAGAGGUAGAGAGGCUGUUUCCGAUAGAGCCCCUGCUCAAGAUUAUUUUGUAACUAAUUGUUCUAAUUUUUAUUGUAUACAACAGUGUAUAUAACUUUGUAAAACCUUUUGUUAAUAGUUAACUUUAUUGUUAGGUGUAUAAA